CAGCAUGGUGCUUGAUUGUAUAGAGAUAGCUGACGUGCUGGAGAAGUACUACCUGUCGUCAACGUAUGGCAUCGAGUUCUGCGUUGGUUUCCCUGGCAACCUUUUGGUUGUCCUUGGUUACAUAUUUUGUUUGCCAGAGUGGCAGAGCUGCAAUAUUUACCUCUUCAGCCUGGCAGUUUCCGACCUUAUUUUCCUCUGCACGCUGCCACGCCUCUCGUACCUGUAUGCAAACAACCAAUCAGAGACCCAGCCCUAUGCCUGCAUUAUCAACCGCUAUAUCCUGCACGUGAAUCUUUACUCUUCCAUCCUCUUUAUGGUUUGGCUUAGCAUGGACCGCUUCCUGCUCAUAAAGCAUCCAUCACGGGACCACUACCUGCUGAGGCCACGAACAGCCCUGAUCGUGACAGGGCUGAGCUGGCUAGCGGUCAAUGUGGAAGUUGCUCCAAUGAUAGCGCUGAUGAUCCAUGACCUGCAGAGCAAAAACUGGACACGCUGCAAUGAUUUUGCAAGCCUAAAUGGAGACAUCAAUACAUUAGGCUACAGCCUGGGGCUAACCUUGACUGGUUACAUUCUCCCUCUGCUUGGACUUUGUGGUUUCUCCCUCCAAAUUGCACAUCUGCUCCAUGUCCAGGAAAAGGCUCUACAGCGCAGGACAGCAUCAUUCAAGCGGCCUCUCAGGGUUGUUGCAUCGGCUGCAGCCCUGUUUCUGAUUCUCUACACUCCCUACCACGUGUUGAGAAAUGUCAGAAUAGGAUCUGUGCAGGCCUGGGCGAAGCUGCAAGUGUGUACGAAGGUGUACAUCGAGGCCCUGUACAUCUUGACCCGCCCAGUGGCCUUCUUGCACAGUGUCAUAAACCCUGUCUUCUACUUCCUCAUGGGUGACAAGUUCAGAGAGCUCCUAUUGGCUAAGUUCAGAAAGAUGGUCAGACAGAAAGGGCAGCAAAGACAGCCAGCCUGA